AGGAAAACCUGAAUCUCCGGUCGCUGUGUUGUUGUUGUUGUCAGUGUGACAAUAAUGUCGACGACUGAGUGGAAUUAAAUGUGAAUGCCGCGUGUUUCAUUGCAGAAACGGGAGGAAACAAUCGUACGAUGAUUCCGUUUGCUCGCGUUGUUGAUGGAGGUCGAGGACCGGAAGCGUGAGGUUGUCACUUGUGAGAGUGAGACGCGCCUUGUUAAGACGUCAGUCAGGCGUCUAGACUGUCGGUGAAAGGGUUAAACUGAGGUCCGCUGGAGCGGCGCGGGGCGGGGUCGGGAAAGCGAAAGUGAACCUGCCCGGGACUCGAACUCGCCUCAGCGCCUCGUCCUCGUCUCCCGCACUCGUCGCUCCUGUUGUGACCUCGGAACCGCCUGCGCUUCAACCUCGUUCUUCUCCAGGGUCGAACCUCAACGGCGGCCGCGUCAUGUCCAGAUCCUCCAUUUUGAAAAUCAGCGCCGCCAACAAAGUUCAGGUGGAGAACUUCCGCCAGACGCUCUACCAGGAGGCGGACCAGCUCAUCUCACGACUCAUUCCCUCCAAGAUCCUGCGGCUGGACGCGCUGCUGCAGGACGAGGCCUUCAGCUCCUCCACCGAGGCCCUGCGAGCUCCCCUGGACAUCCCCAUCCCCGACCCCCCGCCGCAGGAUGAAGAGGACAUGGAGACGGACGAAGACGGUGGAGAGAAGAAGAAGAAGAAAGCUCCCAAGUGCGGCUUCAUCCCAGGGAACCAGACCAUUCAGGCGCUGCUGGAGAAGGUCAAGCCAGAGGUGGUGGAGCUGAGAGAGACCAUCGUCACCGUGAGCUGCUGGAUUCUUCACCUGAUUCCCAAGAUCGAAGACGGAAAUGACUUUGGCGUCGCCGUCCAGGAGAAGAUUCUGGAACGUAUCACCGCCGUGAAGACCAAGGCCGAGACCUUCCAGACCAACAUCAACAAGUAUUUCUCUGAGCGAGGUGAUGCUGUGGCCAAAGCUUCUAAAGACACUCACGUGAUGGACUAUCGCUCCCUGGUGCACGAGAAGGACGAGGCCAUGCGCAGCGAGCUCUUCAUCAUGCUCAUGGACAUCCGGGGCUACUACAGCGAACUCUACGACGUCGUGUCCAAAAACUUUGAGAAGGUGACCAACCCAAAAGGAGAGGAGAAGUCUUCCAUGUACUGAUGGGUUGCCACCUGCUGGGUGGCAGGAAGGAGUUAUAAAACCUUGUUUGACUGCAAAUGAGUUUAUUAAAAAAGAAAAAGGCCAUUCUUCCGUGGCACAAACAAAAACACUCUUG